CGUUGGUCAGUUCUUCCAACACUUACCGCCACUUUCUCCACCCUUUCCACCAACUUAAAAAGUUCUCCUUAGACCAGAGCAUGGGUACCUGACUGCAAGUUCGAAGAGAUUUAAGCUAUAGAAUGCUGCAAAAAUGGGGUCUUCAGCAGUAACGUGUAAAUAUAAACCCAGCCGUAGUAUUCCAUGCUGCAUGGGUUGCUUUGGCGGUAUCUUCAACAAGAACAAGGUGAUCUUCAUCAUGGGAGCCACAGGAACUGGAAAAUCCCGUCUGUCAAUCGACCUGGCAACCCAAAUUCCUGCUGAGAUUAUAAACUCGGACAAAAUACAAGUGUACAAGGGACUUGACAUUGUGACCAACAAGGUUACCGAGAAGGAGAGAGAAGGGGUGCCGCACCAUUUGCUGGGAGAAGUGGAGCCUGAUUCCGACUUCACUACUCGUGACUUCUGUUACGAGGCACUCUCAGCCAUAGACAGGAUUCUGGACUCUGGUCGAUUCCCAAUCAUUGUUGGUGGAUCCAAUUCGUUUCUCGAAGCACUUGUGGAGGACCCUCUUUACAAGUUCAAAUCAAGAUUCGCUUGUUGCUUCAUUUGGAUUGAUGUUUCCCCACCCGUUCUUUUUUCCUAUGUCUCCAAAAGAGUUGAUCAGAUGGUGGAUGCAGGCCUAGUUGAAGAAGUUGGAGAAAUAUUUGAUCCGGAGGCAGAUUAUGGCAGAGGCAUUCGACGGGCAAUUGGAGUCCCUGAAAUGGACGAGUACUUUCGGGCGGAGGCAAAAAUGGACGAAACAAGCAAGGAGACGUUGCUGGCUUCAGCUAUUGAAGAAAUUAAGAGCAACACUUGCAAAUUAGCUUGCCGUCAGGUGGAGAAGAUUCAGAGGCUAAAGAACGAGCUUAGAUGGCCCAUAAGCCGCAUCGAUGCUACAGUUGUGUUCGAGAAAACAAGCGGAGAAGAAGCUGAUAAUGCAUGGAAUAUGUGCGUCCUCGACCCAUGCAUGGAGAUACUCAGUCCAUUUCUCAAUGCAUAGCAGCAGGAAGCCCUUCCCCCAAAAGAAAAAAAAAUGAACAUCAUGUCCCAACCGAGAUGAAAAUGUCUUGGAAGUUGCAAAUUAGCUGGCUUACAUCUAUAUAUAUAUAUAUAUAUAUAUAUAUAGCAAAAAUUUUAUGGAUGGUUUUCCUUGGCUAUGGUGUGUAGGAAAUUUAAGUUUGCGUAGAAGCGAGA